UGACAAACACGCACAGCAGGCCAGCAGGAACACAAUUGAAAGUCGGAAAAUAUUUAUAGCCGAAAAGACGGUAGAAAGGAGCCGCAAUUCCGACAUAUCUGCCGCUGUAAGUCUUUCUUUCUAUGAUUUGUAUUCUAUGUACUGGUGGAAGAUGAAGAUGCUUAGUUGUAAUACUCGUAUGUUGUUUUCUAGAUACAAAUUGCAAAACCCCCUAUGCUUCAUUACUAAAUGCAACACUUUCAAAUUCUACUUUUCUACAAGUGCAAUAACAGAUUCGUCGUCAAUAGCAGAUUGUUUACCAUUAACCCGUAAACCAAACCAAACGUACCCGGUAUAUCGUGAACGCGGAAUAGAAUCAUCAAGUGGAGCUGAUUCUUUUGUUAAACUGUUUCAACAAUUUGGAUUUUCUGAUACACAUAUUACUCGAAUUUUGUCCAAACAACCGGCCAUACUUGCGUACCGACCUCAAAAGUACCUGAAACCGAAGCUCGAUUUCCUGAUUUCGGUUACCUCUUGUGAAACAGAUGUGGUGAACAUAGUCACCAAAAACCCCUUUAUUCUCACUAGGAGUCUUGAUAAUCACCUGCGACCCCUUUUCGAUUCCCUUAAGUCUGCUGCAGGGAGUAACGAAAAUGCAGCUGCGGUUAUCAAAUGCAACCCUUUUAUGCUUUCGUUUUGCAACUCUUCGUCUUUCGUCAGGAAUGUUCAGUUUUUACAAACAGUUGGUGUGCCGCGCAAUCAGAUAUUGAAAAUGAUCACUAAAUAUGGUCAAUCUGUUGGGGUGAAGCAUGAUAAAUUUUGUAAAGUUGUACUAAAGGUUAAGGAUAUGGGUUUUGAUUUGUCUUCGUCUUAUUUUCGGGAAGCAGUGCUGUGCUUGAGUUUUUUGACCGAAUCUGCUUGGGAAUCUAGAUGUGAGGUUUAUAGAAGCUUUGGUCUCUCUAAUCACGAUAUCAUCACUAUGUUCAAAAAGCAACCUGCUGUCAUGAGUUUUUCGGAGAAAAGAAUUUGGGAAAUGUUGGACUUCUUUGUUCAUAGAUUGCGAUGGAGUCCAUCUAGGUUGUCAACUACACCUAAUGUUUUUUUAUUUGGCUUAGAGAAGAGAAUUAUUCCACGUUGUUCAGUUCUGCAAGCUUUGGUGUCAAAUAAAUGUGACAUAAAGGAUAUCAUGCUACAAACAAUAUUGAAAAUGGAUGAAAGCAGGUUCUUGAAGACCUUUGUCACUAAAUAUGAGGAUAAAGUUCCUGAGAUAAUGGAUGCAUACCAAGGUAAGUUGACAUUUGGUGACUACAAUUUCGAAUCAGAAAGUAAGGGUAAGAUUAAAAUCAUCAAUAGUAACAGAACCAUCUCUACUAUGGCAACAACGGAUUCUUUAGCUUUAUCUCCCCUAUUGCUCGAGCAAUCCUCUGAUGAGAAGGGACACGAGUCAGUUAUUAAAUUAUUUAAAUCAUUUGGAUUCUCUGAAAACCAUGUUGCUAGAAUCGUUCGUAAACAACCAAGCAUCAUUUCCUUCCAUCCUCAGAAGUCUGUUAAGCCAAAGCUUGAUUAUCUGUUUUCUAUCACCCAAUCACGAUCAGAAGUAUUCGAUGUAGUCGCCAAAAACCCUGUUAUACUCGGAAGAAGUUUAAAGAAUCACAUAAUACCCUUUUUCACCUCACUUGGAACGCUGACGGGUAAUGACCAACAUGUGUUUGCUGCAAUUAAACGCAACCCAUAUUUGCUUUCAAAUUGUGUUUCAACAACUUUCUUGCACAAUAUUGACUUUCUGCAAAAACUUGGGGUGCCCCAAAUUCAGAUAAUGAAACUUAUCACCGAAUAUGGUCAAUCAAUAGGGGGGAGUCAUGCAAAAUUCCGUAAAGUUGUGCUGAAGGUCAAGGAUAUGGGGUUUGAUCUUUCUUCAUCGUGUUUUCUCGAUGCAGUUCGAUCCUUUAGUUUUUUAUCGGACUUGGCUUGGGAAUCUAGAUGUGAGAUGCUUAGAAGCUUCGGUUUCUCUGAUCAUGAUAUCAGUUCCAUGGCCAAGAAGCAACCUGUUAUCAUGAAUUUUUCUGAGAGAAGAAUGCGGGACCUGUUGGAGUUCUUUGUUCAGAAAUUGCGAUGGAGUGCAACUAAGUUGUCAACUUCACCUAAUAUUCUUAGGUACAGCUUAGAAAAGAGGAUUAUUCCAAGGUGCUCGGUUCUGCAAGCCUUAGCGUUAAAUAAUUGCAACAGCAAGAGGUUGUUGCUAACAUAUAUAGUGAAAAUGACUGAAAGCAGGUUUCUGGAACGCUUCGUCACUGCAUAUAAGGAUGAAGUUCCUGAGGUAAUGGAUGCGUACCGAGGUAAGUUGAGAUUUGAUGAAUUCAAUUUUGAAAGUGAAAGCUAAAUUUAGGGCUUACUAUGGACUUAGAGACACUUAUCUCUUUCUUACUUGAAAAUUAUCGAUUCAGUGAAUCUCCACCAUGUGGUAUGCUAAUCAUCUGGAUACAAUUAUGUUCCUGCUCACUUCACUAAAAUUCACAAAGAUAACGAUAGGCUUGUGUAUUUUGCAAAGCAAUAUAAUCGAAUUAUGGGUCACACACAGUACGUCCUAGAUAUGGUAGCACAUAGAGCAUGGGAUUUUGUUCUUUUAUGAUAGGCACAAUUUUUUGUGACUUUCUAAAAAUUUGUUAUUGCAAGAAUUUAUGAUUUCCUGGUGCAUGAUGGAGUAGUUGUCGGGCACAAUGAAACUGGUAAGAAUGUAAGGUCUUUGUCAAAGAAAGAAAAGAAAAGGAACAAUAGUGUUGAUGAAUUACUUUCAUGUUAAAUGACCUUUUCUAUACUAAAAACUUUGCUUGCACUCAUAUGUGAUACUUGAUUUUAUUCUUCUUCUUAAUGCUGAAAGAAUUUCUUUGAUAAUGAAUUUUUUAGGUCUGUUAGUUGGAAUAUUAUGAGAAAUGCUAACCUUUCUGUAACAUUUAGAUGUCCACAGUGAAUAUAUUAAUUUAAAGGCCCUGGUUCGCCUGAAAAAGAAAAAGGCCCUGUUAGAUUGAGAACUCUUUUUUAACCUGAGAAUUUGAUAACUCUUUGGGGCUGUUUGGUUUAACUUAAAAGAAGUGCUUAUUGAUUAUAAGUGAGAAAUUAUUUACAAGUAAAAAGUAACAUUUAAUUUAUGUGUUUGGAUAAAUUGUUUUUGGAUUUACAACUUAUCAGGUGUAAUAAUUAUUAAUAUAAUAAUAAAUUAUUAUCUAAUUAUCUUUUAAAGUGGUCAUUUACACUUCUGUAAAAUCAAAUUUCAAAAAUAAAAAUAAGCUACUAAAAAAGGCAGGAUUUUCAACUUCUCAUCUUCUGUGACUUAUUAGUCAGAAGUUAACUUCUAAGUUCUUUACGCAAAUGGUACAAAUAAGCUGCUUCUAACUUAUAAGCCCAGAAGCUGGGCUUUUAAGCCCAGCCAAACACAUCCCGCUAAAAUGAAAUUGAAAUUUAUUUUUGCUUUACUAUAUAAUUAAGCUGAACUUUUUUUUUUUUUUAAUUUUCUCAUUGUUGAUAAUUAAGUACAAAUAUGCACUCAUUAAUCGGGCAAGCUGGCAGACUACGCUAUGAGUUCAUAUAUACAAGUUACUCUGACCUUUUCUAUACGUCAAUCAAUAAUCUGGACUGGCAGUAACCUGAUGAAAUUUGACUGUAGAGAAAGAUCAAUCUUCUUAGAGGAGUUUUGCAUCUUAUAAUUUUAAAAUCUUCAGUUACUUUGCAUUGAAACCAUCCUAGUAUAGUUUGCAGAAUCCUAGUAUGUGAAACAUUAGUUUUUUCGUUUGUUUGGCAACUUUGCACAGUGAAUAGUGUUCUGUAGUUACAAAUGUUUUGAGUAAAUGUAGUGAAAAGUGUUUUGUAAUUUUGCUAAGUGAACUGUGAAACGCUGAUAAUAGGUUAUGUUUGUUUCGUUAGUUUGCAUAGUAAGUAAACAAUGUCUUAAUUUGCUUAAAUGUUGUAGAUAAUGUUCUUAAGGUGUUGGUUUAUUGGCACUGGAAGUGUUGGUUAGGUAAAUUGGGGAUUCGUGAGCGCGUAAAAUAGUGCUUGAAUUAAUUUUGUUAUAUAUUACAGGCUCAGCAUUAUACAACAAGUGGACGACUCUAUAUUUAUAAAGGAUCUUGUAAAUGUAUUUUGUACUCUAUAAAGUCGUAUGUAGUUGUGACUUAAAUGUA